AUGAAGAUCAUCACAUGUACACUGGCUCUGUCGCUUGUAACUCUUGCCUGGCAGCAAUCCUCGGCUGCACCUGGAUCCUCGGCUGCAUCACCUGCGCCCACUACUCAAGCGCCAUCAGUCACCGUGAUUACCAGCUUCCAGCAGUCCGUUUCACUUUCUGGAACUAGCCGUGUCCAAGUCACGGUUUCUGUCCCAGUUGUAAUCACUAGCACAAUAGCACCGGCACAGCCCACCGGAUCUUCCGGAGGGAACGGAGGGAACGCGACGCAACCAGCCGGAAACGCGACCUCGACCUCAACGACACCUACAACUUAUCCCACCGCUGCCUCAACGGCCGGCCCUAACGGCCAGGGUGGCCAGGUCGCACCCAGCCCAGGUGGAAGCAAUCGCCGAUCGAAUGACGGGGUUUUUGAAGCCGCACUUGGGCCAGAUGAUAAUUAUAUCUCUGGUGCGAAGAAACUUGUCGCGGGUGGCGUGACUAUACUGCUGGGACUUGGACUAGGCGUUGCCGCCCAGCUGAUGUAG